AUGACCCGCAAACCUUUUGGUCGUGUGCUCCAGCAUGCCAAUGAGGUGUCCACAGUAGCCUUCUCGCCAGACAGACAGCUUGUUGCCACCAGUGCGGGAGUCAUGAUCUUUCUGUGGGAUAUAUCCAAGGAGUCCAUCAUCACGACGACACAUAUUGUGUCGCCACCCCCAUUAAUUGCCCCGGUGUCCCCUAUUACAAGCGGUCUUGACCAGCCAUCAGCAAGCUCCCAUUAUAUACCCAUGACUCAUGCAGCCUCUCCCAAGAUUUCCGCUUCAUCUUCUUCAGGAACAACGUCCACAUUACAACCGGGCAGCCAAGAAUACUUAGUUUCUUUGUUGAGUUCACUGCAAGAUCUUACCAAUCAACUUAUGGGAAUAUCGGCCCAUGCAAUUGCUUCUGGAGGCUUUGGAGAUAUUUGGAGGUGCUGUUUACUGAUUCCCAAUGGGACUGUCCGGGUAGCAGUGAAGGCCAUCUGUGCCUUUGAGUCAGAUGACGAUAUUGCAAUGCAGCAGAAAGUCAAGAAAGUGCAUCGCGAGCUGAAAGUUUGUGGCCGUCUCAAACAUGAUUGUAUCCUCCCACUCUGGGGAGUAGCAAACAACUUCGGGCCCUAUCCUGCAAUGAUUUGCCCAUGGGCCGAUGAUGGAGCCCUUACCGGUUUUCUUGAAUGCCAACACGACAUGUUAUCUUUUGAAAAUAGGUUCUCCCUUCUGAUCAAUAUCGCCCUUGGAUUGCAAUACCUUCAUAGCAAAUCAGUAAUUCAUGGCGAUCUGACAGGGUCAAAUGUAUUGAUUUAUCGCAAUGGUUGGGCAUGCCUUGCUGAUUUUGGUCUUUCGACUAUUAUGGUGGAGUUCGUUGAGCUGUUUGAAAUACCAGAGGGCGAUGAAGAAGUAUCAUCUUACAGGUUCAUAGCCUAA